UGUCAGCAGAAGGAAAUGCAGGCGAUUUGUGCUAAAUGUCUAACAGCAGCACGACCACACUGCUUGUGAAGGACAGUUUGGAAGAAGGGAAUACCAUUUGGUCGUAAAAUGAUAUACAUUUGUAAGAUUUAAACUCUCUGCAGUUAUGUCAGAGAGUAACCCAAACAUACAGCUAGGUUAACAACACUCGCCUAACAUCAUUAGCCAGCAAGCUAACUAGCUAGCUAGUUUUGGGGGACAUUGCGCCUCCUAACCUGCUCAGCCGUUGUCUAUUUAUUUUCCCUUUGUUGCCUGGACAGUCCAGCUUCUCAUUGUCGUGCUUUCAUUGAACGGAGGAGCUUAGCGGACCGGAACUGUGGGGGGCCCGCGGACAAACCCCCUGCCCUGGGCGUCCAGGCGGACGGAUCACGUAGACACGCGGGCCGUGGGAGAAAAUAAGGAGGCGCCAUGGCCGAAAUCUCCGCCCUAAUCCCCUCACCUCCAGCUAUAGGUGACACACAUGCUGCCCCCUCCUUUCCCAUACCCUCUACUGCCCCCCCUCCUCCCAGCAGCACCACCCCAGAGCCCCCUAAGGAGAACCCAAUCCCCAAGUCCUCUCUGUACCGUGACAAAGCUUCUCUGACAUUAACUGUACCAGGAGAGACGCUUCCUUUUCACCCUCCUUCUCCCAAGUCUCCCAAGAGAGGGGGGAGAGGACCUCCACCGAGUCCCCCCAAACGCGUCUCAUCAGCGUUAACUCCAGAGACUCCAGUGCCCCCACCUCUAAUACCCCCAGAGAGACCUGCCGCCUUACCUGUAAUAGCCCUAGGUACUCCUGCUAUACCACCUGUAGAUGUAGCAUUGUGGCAGGGGGAGGGAGUGAAGGAGACAUACAUGGGGGCAGGGGCCAGCCCAGUGUUGGCUGUAAAGCAGGAAGUGAGUAACCCAGGGGGCAAGGAGCUGUUGAAUGCCCCCUCAGAGGGCCCUACACAGGCCCACAGUGAGCAAGAGGUACAGGGGGUAACACAGCAGACUACCAGCCCUUCCUCCUGUCUUAAUCUCACCCCUAAUCUCUACCCCAGUGUUCAUGUCACUGUGAACACUAAUCCUGCUACUGAUUAUGGUCAGCCUCAGUCUAUGGUGGAAUCUGCCCCUCCUCCUGCCCCCACUUACACUCCCCCUCCUGCCCCCACUUACACUCCCCCUCCUCCAGACUCCACCCAAGCAGAUGCAGCCCCUGAAGCACAAAAUCGUCAGCCACCAGAAGAAAGACAAAACCCUCCCACACUGGACACCCCCAGCCUGUCUCCCAUACCUGAGACCUCAAGCCAAUCUCCCAGAAGGGCAGAGCUACCCAACACCCCCUCCAGAGCAGGGCAUCCCAGCCCCCCAAUGAUCCAGGAACCUGUCUCCCUCUCCCUGCCCUACCCCAGAGCCCCAGCCCCAGACACCCUCAGCUACUUGGAGUCAGCCAGCAUGAUGUCAGGGACCCUGGAGUCUCUGUCUGGCCUGGGGGAGGAUGGAAGCUCUAUCGGGUCAGACUCAGAGAUCAACGGCCUGGCUGUCAGGCGCACUGACAAAUAUGGCUUCCUCGGCGGGACCCAGUACAGCGAGGGCAGGUGGGCAUGGUAAAACAAAAACACACCCUCACUCUAUGCACACACCCAUGUAAAAUACACAUCUAUUGUGUCUUCACUCUGACUGUAGAUGGGCAAUUACACUGGUUUGUUUUUUUCUCUCUUAAAGAAAAUUAUAUUUGUCACAUGCGCCGACUACAACAGUUGUAGUAGACUUUACCGUAAAAUGCUUACUUACUAGUCCUUAACCAACAGUGCAGAGUAAAAAUUUUAAAAAAGCUAAACAUUUGCUAAAUAAACUAAAGGAAAAAUAGUAACACAAUAAAAUAACUAUAAUGAGGUUAUAUACAAAGGGUACUGAGUCAAUGUGCAGGGGUAUGAGGUAAUAUGUACAUAGGUAGGGGUAAAGUGACUAUGCAUAGAUCUAAACAGAGGGUAGCAGAAGCAUAGUGGGAAGGGAUAUGUGUAUGUGUAGCGUCAAUAUGCAUGUGUGUGUGUUGGAAUGUCAGUGUAGUAUGUGUGAGUGUAUGGUUGAGUCCAGUGAGUGUACAUAGUCUGUGCAAAAACGUAAAAUUAACAAAAGGUGGUCAAUGCAAAUACUCCGGGUAGCCAUUUGAUUAACUGUUAAGCAGUCUUAUGGCUUGGGGGUAGAAGCUGUCAUGGAGCUUUUUGGUCCCAGACUUGGUGCUCCAGUACCGCUUGCCGUGCGAUAGCAGAACUCUAUGACUUGGGGGGCUGGAGUCUUUGACAAUCAACCGUCUUUCCUGGCUUGGUCAUCUUCUCCGAGUCACCCAUCUUGCCCAAGUGAUCUCUCCCUCCCCACACUUUCUGUCCAGUCCUCCCUAUAUCCACUCUAAACUUAUCGGUCUGUCCUUCAUCUCUCCUUUGUGUGACUCAGAUAGAUAGUGCUGAGAGAGCUUUUGUGACACAAUAUGUACUGACUGCCUCGCCCAGCCACUCAUUUCCCUCUCUUUCUGGAGGACGUAUCUUGCCCCUCCCCUCGGACAGUCUCUCUAAGUGCACUUCCUCCUCUGUUUUAUUGAUUUAGUUUGGUAUUGAUUAAGCCUGUUCCCCUUCAGGGUCAUUAUCAAAGGGUGUCUGUGUGAGAGAGUAGUGAAGGACAGAAAUAUUGUAAAUGAGCAUAUAAUAUGAAGUAUAAUAUAAAUCUGUAGAUGAGUAUUCCUUUUAAAGAAUCUCAGGUCGCACAGCUUCCAUUUAAAACAACUCUAGCUCCUGUUUGGAAUCUACUGAAUGAACAUGACCCUGUGGCUGCAUCCAAUCUUAGGAUAUCCAUAUUUAGAUAAGCAGUUUUUUUUAUCCAGAACAAAAAUGUGUUAAGUGGUGGGCAUGGCAGGGGUCGUGACAGUAGGUGCAGUCAGCCCGUCAGUGGGGAUGAAUUUUAGAGGCCCCCAAUUUUGUAUAUUUUUAAGACAAUUUUCUGCAUUUCUCCAAACUUCUCCAUGGCACCGAGAUACAUUUUUGCUGUUUUAAAUCUACUUUCCUGCAAUUCUACAUAUUCUGCCUUGGAGCUGAGAACAUUUUUGUAGUUUAAGGUGAAUUACCUGCAAUUCUAUGCAUUUUGCCAUUUCUAAUGCUGUGUUCUUUUGCUCAAACAUAAUAACAAAGUUGAUACUGUUCAAUUAAUUGUUUUUGUAAUUUUAGCUUUUAUUUUGCUGAUGUUAGUUCUCAAAGAUUCUAUUAUAAAAAAUAAUAUAUAUAUGAGGUCUAUUAUCUUUUCUACGUACUUUGUAGAGGAAUUUUUAGAGAGGGGUAAAGAAAGAUUUUGUUUCGGGCGCCAGGCAGGUAUUAACCAUGCUGAAAGGAAAAGAGUAGGAUAGAGUACCACUACCAGAUCCACACACAUCAGCAGAAGAGACUGCCUAGAGUGUAGCCUGUUUUCCAGAUAGCCAGUGGAGAGAAAAGAUAAGACACCAUAUAAAACACAUGUCACAGCACAGGGGUAACCCAACCAAAUAAUAAUGGCAGAGCAAUUUAAAGGCAACUUCAUAGAAACAAUUGACAAGAAAGAGCCCAGUCAUCAACAUUAGAUGAUUUGCAAUAUUCUGCAUUACCUCAGAGGGGGGGCGGUAUGAAUGGGUGUGUGGAGUGUGUGUUCAUAGACGAUACAAAGAAGGCCUUAAAAUGCCUAAAAAUCUUCUUGGCCAAAUGUAAAUGGUCCACAUAAAAUCGAUC